UGAAAAGACUCACUUUAAUAGCCCAUAGGUGAUAGGCCCAGCAAAUUAUAUUGAAGUGGCGAAAAAGGCUGGAGUUUCUUCCAAGCCACCGUCGACUUUACUUACUCUCUCCUCCGUCUCAGAUUGCUUCUCCGUUAGGAAAAAAACUCCAAUCUUCACCGAUGUCGGUAUGUUUGAUCAGUAACAGUCUCUUGUUUCGAUUCAUCAUUACGAUAAUGGUGACUAAUCGAUGUGCGGCGAGAUCUUCGAGUACAAUGGAAGUGCAGUUGUGGCUAUGGUGGGGAAGAACUGCUUCGCCAUCGUAGGCUCGGUGUUCAGCUCCAGACGAUUGCCACCGAUUUCCAGAGAAUCUCCAAGAUCCACGACCGUGUCUUCAUCGGCCUCUCUGUACCAGCGCUUGGUGUUUCGUCAUAAGCUCUACCAGCUUCGUGAAGAGAGAGACAUGAAGCCUGAGACUUUCGCUAGUCUUGUCGGGGUUGAUUCUCUGAUGAUGAUGCAUACUCAUAUCAUAUGGAGUUGGCGAAAGAUUUUGUUGUAUCUGGAAUACAGUUCGCUCUGUCCAUCACCGUGGGACGUGUUAUGCUACGUCGAGAAUUUCUGCGUGGCUAGUCUUGCGAAGGCCGCCUUGAUCCUGAUCGUUGCCUACUUAUUUCUAUUCUUCAUCUACAUAAAGUCUCAUGAGAACCAGAUGGAAACCAACUACCAUAUCUCUAUUUCUUGUCUGAAUUUCCCGGUUGAUAUUUUUCUAAGAAUAGACAACGAUUGGACUUCUCACCGUCCGACCGAACCAGAGGUGCAGUCACAUUGCCAAAAGUACCAGAAAGACGGAAAUUGUAACACUGAAAGAUUGCUUUCACUCAAGGAAUUAUAUUGCUCUCGAUCUCAGGGACAUGUUUGAAACUGUCACCAGAUCCCAUAAACUCCCAAGAUAUUCUUGUUUGAAGCUGCAAGAGACUGUUUGAGAAAACCGAAACUACUCCUUCCCUACCUAAAAGACCACGACCACACACACUGAUGCAGCAGCAUCUCAUCUACAAGCGCCAACAUGAUAAUUCAAAUUAUCAUGUUCUUACCGUUGGGUUUCUUUUGUUUCUUAAACUUAGGAUUUUGUUUUAAAAUUUCCUUUUUCUUGGUAUUUUCUAUUUUCCUUUUCUAACCUGGUUUUUGGUUUUAGAAUAACUAUAUAAAGAGAGCUAUACCUCUCUUGUUAGUCACGUUUUGAUUUUAUAAUAUAGAGCUUUCGCUUUUAA